UGUGGUCGAAUAGCAUCAUACAUAGAGAGGAAGAGGGUUUGCUGCAAAAACAAAGUGUGUAGAAUUUUUUUUUUAUUUUUUAUCACGUAAAUUUGGAAGAAAUCAACAAAGUACAAAAGGGAGUUUAAGAGAAAAAAAAAACUAAAUUAACUAAAAAGACGAGCAAAGAUGGUUGGUCCAAGUUCGCAGAUAAGUAAAAUUCUUCUAACACUUCUCUUCCUUCUCAUCAUCUUCUACAUAUGGAUGGAUGUUAAUUUGUAUCUACGAAUCCAGAAUUAUCCCAUUGAUAGGAGUUAUCAUUUCAAUGUAACCACAUCAGCUAGUCCAUUGAGUAGUGGUGGAAGUACGUUGAUGCCGGCAUCAUUGGCACCGCCAGUGAAGAAUUAUGAAGAUGUUGCGUGGGUGUCGUGCGAUAUUAAUCCAUUGUGUCACGUUACGGUCAAGGCUGUUAUGCUUGAUCACACAAAUCACUACCUUUUUGCCCCGAUGGCAACAAUUUUUGACAAUAUCGUUGGUUUCUCGCGCUCAACGUUCAUCACGGCGAAUGCUAUUAGUUUCUUCCAUGUCUUCGUGGCAAUUGCAGCUGGGAAGCUGGUAGCAUCGGAUAGUCUUGGCUAUCGACGUCUCGGUGUGGUGCUCUUUCAAUUUCGCACCUUUCUGGAUGAUCUCGAUGGGCAUGUGGCGCGUCAGAAGAAGCAUGUGCGUGGUGAGAGGUCGGAAAUUGGUACAGCUGGGUACUACAUUGAUGGCAUUUGCGAUGGACUUGGGUGUAUUGCCCUGAUGAUUGGGGUGUUUGUCUACUUGAAGAAUAACCCACCACGGCGUGGCUAUACGCAACUUCAGGCCAUCCUUCCGGUGACUGAGGCAAAAAAUUCCGAUUCCGGUGUCAUUUACAAGGUUAAAGUGACCACAAAGAAGGUCGCCAAGAAGGUACUUUGCUUCUCGGGGCAGCUCCUUUUCUCAUCCACCGCAUGGAAUCGCUACAUUGCCCUGUACCAGGAUAUGCUGGAACGUCCCGAUGUGACACCAGUUGAGAGUCAACGACAAGAAAUUACUUUCCGUUCUCAGUGGUUCUUCUCCGUGGCAUGGCUGUGGCGUGUUUUCAAUGUUCACGCACUCCUUCAUUGUCUCCUCCUUGGGAUUUUCUGUGACAAAAUGUGGGAAUUCUUACGAUUAAUCCAAUAUGCGGGCUUUGUGAUUCUCCUCGUGGUGAUUUGCAUUACGGAAAUGCAUGUGCUCGAAGUGCAAAAUUUUAUCUUUAAAUCACUCACUGGAAAUACAACAGCAUUGUGAUUCAAUGGGGGCAUUAUAAUUCACUGUAAAAUAUCAUUUUGGACCCUCCCCCCUCAUCCAUCACGUAGUUUCAACAACAGAAGGAAAAGAAUGAGAUGUUUUAUAUGAUUCCAAAAAGAAAAAAAACUUUUAUUUUAUAUGUGUAUAUUUUUUUUUAAAGAAAUUCUCGCUAAAAUUGUUGCUUCUCAUUAAAUUUAAGCUUAAUAUAUUAUUUAGGGAAGGGUGUUUUAUUUUUUUUAAGGUGUAACUAAGGACCUUAAGGACAAGCAAUUUGAGGAUUUUUUUUCGAUUGAUUCGAUCACAUUUUCUUUCUUUGCGCGCUUUGCAAAUUUUUAUUUUUAAGAGUUUUUUUUAAUUCCGAUUUAACGAAGCAAAAUGUGGAUGAUGAAAACAACUAAAGAAUAGUAAGAAUUAAUUAGCAAAAUAUACAUAACUUUCACUUUAAUUUAUAUAAAAAAUGUUAUCCACUAACUUUUGCAUUGAUUUGAGUUUGUUAAAUUAUUUAAAUUUGAUGAGGAAAAAUGAUGAAAGUUUAAGGAUGAAGUUUCGGUUGAUCUCCGGACCUUCAUCAGGAGCUACAGAAGUUAAUACAGGGUGGUCAGGAAAUUAGGGGAUGAUUUUAACUGCGAAUAACUUUUGAUUGGAUUGAGAUAUCUGAAAACUUUUGCCGCCAAAAGAUGCUCUAGUGGCUACAAAUUUUAAGUUAUCUUAAUCCAAUCGAAAGUUAUUUGCGGUUAAAAUCAUGCCUUAAUUUCCUGGCCAUCCUGUGAUUAAUGUGAAAAUUCUUAUGAAAUCUUAUCUUCCUACCUUCCUUACCCGUCUGCUUAAGAAUUUUUUUUAGAAUAGUUUUUAGAGCUCUUCCUUCCUUUCAAAUGCACAACUUUCUUCUAAAAUCUUCCAUUUUCGCAAAUUUUACACAGGAGUCAUGCAAAUUCCCUAAACUUCUUUAAUGAGUUUAGACCUGAGUUUAAGGUCGCGAUUUAAAUGUUUACACGUAAGUCGAUACUUCAAUCCCAGGUCUAAAUAGGUUAAAUGUCAACUAGUCUUUAAAAAAAAUUAAUUACUAGUCAUGAAUUUAUCACCCAAAAUCUAUUUAAUUGGCAAUUAAGUAAAGUUAAUUUGUGAUUAGUAGCUCCCUGUAAAAUUAAAUGUUUUAGUACCUAAUAGUUAAAAUCGUUAAAGUUCAUCACUAAAUUUAAAUUCUGAAAAAAAGUGUCAAAGUUAGUGGAUAAAUUUUUUAAACAAUUCUUUUUGAUUUAUUUUGUUGCAAACCAAAUUGUUAGACUUCACUUUUGUUCUUGAUUAUUAUUUUUUUUUAGCAAAAAUUACUAAAUUGUAAGAAGGGCAGCAUUCUGUAAAUAAAUGAUCUUUUCUUUAAUUUAAUUUUUAUAAAAACUGUCUCUUACCAAUUUUAUUGAAAAAAUCGGAAAGUAGAGUAAAUUUGUUUUUUUUUAAUCAGAUAUUUUAUAACAAAAUAAAACUAAAAAAAAACAUUUAAAUAUAGAAGAAAAAUAGAAAAAAACAGUAAUAUAACAAACUACAAUCAUAACAAAAAAAAUCUUUUUUCUAUGAAUUUGUUUACAAUAAAAAGUGUUUUAGUGUGUUUAGGGAUGAAGAAGAUGUUUAAAAAAAGUGAUGAAAAUAACUUAGAAUCUAAUCUUGUUGCUAAACAAAAGAAUGGAAUGAAAAAAUAAUAAACAAAAAGGUAAAUUGUUAUAUUUGAAUUAACUGUGCAGUCAAUUUGAAUAAACUUUCUAAUUUCUUUAUAAUUAAUUUAUUUAAUAGUAUUUUUUUUUACUUUUUCUAUACCUUUUUAAAAAAAAGUUUGAGACUUUUGAACGAAUAAAAAGUUUAAAUUUACUGCAAAGUUUGUUUAAAUAGAAAUUAUAUAUAGGGGAAGAUUGGGUUAAAUGGCGCAUUUUUAAAAUAAGAAAAAAAACUGUAUAUGAAAGACAAUUUUAAAUCUUAUAGCAGAAACCUUAAAGAACCUAAGGAUGCCUGCCCUGAGUGAUAUGUAUUUGUGUUUUUAGAGGGCUUUUGAGAUACUCUAAAACGGAAGGGCAUUUUACCUUACGGGAGAGUAUCAAUAUCCUAAUUAAAACGAUUAAUAUUCUGUGCGAUAUCUCCCCCAAAUCAGUACUCAAUCUGGCGACCUUUACCACAAUUUGAUUUAUUUCUUAUUUUACUUUAAUUGAAGAUAUUUUCAGAGAGUUUAAUUUAACGCCAUCUCGCCCCAUCUUCCCCUAUCACAUGUAAAUUUCAAAAACAAUCCAAAAGAAAACGAAAAAAAAAUCUAUUCAGGAAGAUGAAAUAUUGUAAAUUGUUGGGUAAUGCUUUUUUGUCACCCAGACGUUGAAGGAAAAUUAAUGUUGUCUAAUACACAGAGAAAUUACUCAUGAAAUGAAUGAAAAAAAAAAUGCUUUUAGUGUGAAAGCCGUCCUAAAUUGUUGAGAAGAAAUUUAAUAGAAAAUAAAACUAUUCUAAUAAUCCUGAAUUACAAUUUUGAAGAUAUAAAAAAAUGAAAAACUUUUUUGUUAAUCUUGCCAACACGUGAAAUUUACCUUUAUCACAUUUCUUUGUGUUUUAUUAACUUCACAAAGGGAGGAAAAAAUUAAUGACGAAGAAAAACUAUUUAAUACAUGCGUGUAGAGUAGAAAAAAAGUCUAAAAAUAUAUUUCUAUGUGUUGUACACGAAAAAGGGAUUUGAAAAGAGAAAUUUCGGGAUUAAAAUGAUGGGAAAAUAAAGGAUAAAUGGGAAUUAAA